UCCCGUUCUGGCUUUCUUCUCAUCCCAUUCUCUUUGCUUCAAGGUUCCAGUCUCUUCUCCGCUGCAGCUGUCGCUUGCGCCAUUCUUUUCUUCGUCUCUACGAGUCCAUUCAUUGCAAGCCCUGGUGGUUAGCUUUUUUAAAAGUUUCAGUCUCUACUAUUCCACCAAACCCCAAACCACCAACUCUCUUUUCCAAAACUUCAACGUCAACUCAUCUCAUCAUGCGUUCCUCAUUCACCUCCCUCCUGGCCGUUGCCGCCACCAUCCCCGCCGCUCUGGCUCAUUACAACUUCGAGUCUCUCAUUGUCAAUGGUAACACUACCGGCGCCUAUGAGUAUGUUCGCCAGACCACCAACUCCAACUCUCCCAUCGCCGAUGUCACCUCCCAGGACAUGAUUUGCAACCAGGGUGGCCUCGACGCCGAUAUCAUGGCCAAGACCAGCACCCACUCUGUCUCUCCCGGUGAUGAAGUUGGCUUUGCCGUCAACGUGGAGAUUGGUCACCCCGGUCCCCUGGCUGUCUACAUGAGCAAGGCUCCCGAUGGCACCGAGGCCAACGCCUACAAGGGUGAUGGUGACUGGUUCAAGGUGUACUCGCUCACCACCAGCUCCAUCACUGAUGCCGGUCUCCAGUGGGCUACCUACGUUAACAACGCUGGUAUCCACAACUUCACCUUCGCCCUGCCCGAGGAUCUGGCGCCCGGAAACUACCUGAUGCGUGCUGAGCACAUUGCUCUCCACGCCGCCGGUUCCGCGGGCGGUGCCCAGUUCUACAUGGGCUGUGCCCAGCUCAAGGUCGAGGGAUCUGGCUCUGGCACUCCCACCGACGUUGUCUCGUUCCCCGGUGCCUACGACGGCACGGAGCCCGGUAUCCUCAUCAACCUCUACUACCCUGCUCCCACCAGCUACACUGCUCCCGGCCCUGCCGUCUGGCCCAAGAACUGCGAGGACCACACUGCCAACUUUGAGGGCCAGACCAGCGACGGUGACUGCACUGGCAGUGACGCCAGCGACUCCGGCUCCGACAGCUCUGCCAGCGAGUCUCCCGUUGCUGCCACUUCUGCUGCCGCCGCUGCCUCUUCCACUGUCGCCGUCGUCGCUACCAGCACUCCCGCUGCUGCUGAGGAGACUCCCGCCGCGACCACUCCCGCUGCGGUCCCUGCCACCACCGCCGUUGAGCAGGUUGCUUCCAGCGCCGUCGUGUCUGAGGCCCCUGCUGCCACCGCCACCACCUCGCCCAGCUGCGCCGCCAAGCGAAGCCUCCGCAAGGCCCAGCGUGCCGCCAAGCGUGCUGCCAAGCGCGCUCUUAAGGAGAAGCGAGCGCUUUAAGUGAUUUUAUGAGUUCUCGAGAUGUUUUGAUUGAAGGGGCUGCUACCUGAAGCAAGGUACAUGUUUUCUUGUAAAUAGUGGUGAUCGCUGUCACUGUACGCCAGUGUAAGCCUAUGUAUAAAAUAUGAAAGAAACCAAUAUCGG